AAGCACCGCACUAGUCAAUAAUUAAGUCAUUUUCCUACGAGCAACAAGCAAUAAAUCCUCAUUUUCCUCUUCGACACAGCUUGAAAUUAAAGAUCACUUGAGCCGCGCGCAGCAUCGAAUUAAAUCAACCGGAAAACCAAUUGAUAAUUGUCGGCAGAGGAAUGGGAGAAAUGCAAUUGUAUGGUGUCGCUCUCUUCCUCUGCUUCUCUGUUUUCCUUCUCAAGUUCUUUAUUCUGCCCAAACAAGGAAAUUCCAAAAAUCUACCGCCAAGCCCCCCUGCGUUUCCGAUCAUCGGCCAUCUCCAUCUCCUCAAGGACCCAAUUUUCCUCACGCUCCACUCUCUCUCUCAGAAAUACGGAUCCAUUUUUCAUCUCCAGUUCGGGACUCGCCCGGUCCUCGUAGUCGCCUCGCUCUCGGCCGCCGAUGAGUGCUUCUCCAAAAAUGACAUUGUUUUCGCGAACCGCCCCCGCCUGCUAGUCGGAGAACACCUCCACUACAACUACACGACCAUGUCGUUGGCCUCCUACGGCGACCACUGGCGCAGCCUCCGCCGUCUCACCACUCUCGAGAUCUUAUCGACAAGUCGAGUCGGCAUGUUCGCCGGCGUCCGGCGAAAAGAGGUCCAUCUGCUGCUGAAGCAGCUGUGGGAGAUGAGCCACGGCGGGAACAAGUGGGCGAAGGUAGACGCGAGGUCAACAUUUACGGAUCUGUCACUGAAUGGCAUCCUGGGGAUGAUCAGCGGAAAGCGUUACUACGGGAGUGAUGUGACGGAGUUGGAAGAGGCUAGGGAGUUCCGGGAAAUUUUCAAGGAGUAUGUGGAUCUUCACGGGAGCUCGAACGUGGCGGACGCCUUCCCAGCGGUGCGGCGGGUGAGUUUUGUGGGAGGAGUGGCGAAGAGGAUGAAGAAGGUGAUGGAGAAGGUGGAUGGGUUCUUGGAGUACCUAAUUGAUCAGCAAAGAGAAGCAAGGGGCAGAAGCGAGUCAAAGCAAAAGAGGACUUUGAUCGGUGAGAUGCUGUCACUGCAAGAGUCUGAGCCGGAAAUGUACAGUUCCCGGAUCAUCAAAGGCGUUAUCCUGACAAUGAUGGUUGCUGGAACUGAAACAUCAUCAACCACCUUGGAAUGGGCAAUGUCUCUACUAUUAAACCAUCCAAAUGCCAUGGAGAAAGCAAGAUUGGAGAUGGAUGCCACUGUUGGCCUAGAACGCUUGGUAGAUGAGCAAGACCUACCCAAGUUGAACUACCUUGAGAACAUAAUCAAUGAAACCCUGCGGUUGUUUCCCCCCGUCCCGCUUCUAAUACCACACGAAGCAUCCACAGAUUGCACCGUGGGGGGCUUCCAUGUUGCGCAGGGCACCAUGCUAAUGGUUAACUUGUGGACCAUUCACAGGGACCCUGAGCAGUGGGAGGAGCCGAACAGUUUCAUGCCGGAGCGGUUUGAAGCGUGGGGAGGUGAAGGGUGCAAGACAAUGUUGCAUUUCUAG